UUUGUAGCUGUUGUCCAAGUGGUAAAGUGUGACUCACUGCAGGUUUUUGAUCAGGAAAUGAGAUCUUUAAAAUGUGAAUCAACCAUCUGUGUCUCUGUCAGGAUCCGAGGCUCCUCCCCCUCCAGCUGCGGCUCCAGCCCUCUGAACAUCACCAGCACCCCUCCACCCGACACCUGCUCCCCAGGGGGCAAGAAGAUCCAGAACGGAGGGACACCUGAGCUGCCGAACACAGGGAUCAUUCCCGGACCUGAUUCUGUCGGCUACCCGUACUCCAACCAGUCCAUCAUGAGUGACAACUCCCACCUGAGUAUAGACAUCAUGGAAGAGCCCGGCUCCAGCAGCCCCAGCAACGACGAGGCGGCCAUGGCGGUCAUCAUGUCCCUGCUGGAGGCGGACGCCGGCCUGGGCGGCCCCGUGGACUUCAGCGACCUGCCCUGGCCUUUGUGAGGAAGCUGGAAGGGAGACAGGGAGACUGCCUGUUGGACCCAGAGCCGCUGAUGGAGAGAGUUCAGUCAGGUUGGAUUCUGGCUGUCAUGUCACACCGACACUGCAAAAAGUAUCCAUCUUAGCACGUUAUAAUUUAAUAGAACAGGCUGUAGAUACUGAAGAUUUCUCCUAAAACUACUAAAAACAAGAGUAGAUCAUUUCAGUGCAGAUUUCACUCCUUUAUUCAUCAUUCCCUGUAGGUGGACAAGUGAUGCUGAAUUUCACUGAAGUUUUCUUUUUUAAAAACACGCUGUUAAGAUGAUGCUUUUUGCAGCGUUGGUUGGCUGCAGACGAGGCGUUCCCUAACAUUGCCACGGUGAGACACCAUUACUCUAACAACAGUGGAGUCAAUGGGAUCUCGAGUUACAGGACUGCGGUGCUAAGGUGUCUGCUGAAGGACUGAACUCUGUCCAACAGCAGCUCUGGGACCUGCCGUCGCCAGGUCCACGUCCAACCAACACAGGACUCCUGAGACGCUCACAGACAGUGGUUGAAGUUUGAUGUUGGGUGGGGAGCGCUUGAUUUCCGCCUCCUGCUGCGGCCCUCUCAACAUCUCUGACUGUAAAGGUCUCCCUGUAGGACGCUGGUGCUGAACAGGCGCGGCUGUUUUAGCCGCAGCGGGAGAUGAACACACAGCAGGCGUCCUCCGGAGAUUUGCUUGGAAUAUUCUUAGAGGUUCUUUAUUCCCAAAACGAAACACAGAAUUCCACAAGCAGGUGUUUUUCAGUUCAUUUUAACGAAAUCCUUUUUGAAAAAAAAAAACACCUCGCUGCUGUUUCCUGAACUAACAUUAGCAAAUUUUUCUACAAGCAACUGAAGCUCAUCCUCGCGAAAUUCUGUUUUCCCAGAAGAGUAGAGCGGAUUUUUCCCGAGUUUCAAAAUUCAUGUUUGAAAACUGUUUUAAAAACAAACCGGUCGACCUAAAACUACCUGCAGUAUUUCUGUCAGAAGUUAAGAUGAUACAUUUUAACCUCCUAAAGCUCUUUGCUGUUACAGCCAGUGAUUCUUACCACAGACCAUCAGAAAAGGACCAGUCACACAGGGUUCGUACGGUCAUGACAAACCUGGAAAAGUUAUGGAAUUUUUUUACAAAUAGCCAUUUCCAGGCCUGAAAAAGUUUUGGAAAACUAAAU